AUGGCCCUAACUUUAACAAGUGAGCUGGGGUCUCAGGAGAAGGUAUACGCAGAGGAGAACCUCUGGCGCAACGCUGCCCACGUGGCUGGCUACUACCCUCCUCUACUGCCCCACGGCCAGUAUGGGGAUAGCUUGGCCAGUUCGUCCCCAGGCAGCUCUCCCCCGGGCAGUUCCCCCGGGUUUUUUCAUCCUCUCAAGUCUUUGGGAAGGCCAGUGCUAAACUCUACUGCGCUGCCUCACUUCGGUUUCAACGGGAUGCCUACUUUCCUGAACCACGGUCCGGCCCUGCCAAGAGAGCCUUUCUAUAACUUGCCCCCAGGCUCUUUGCCCUUCUUUGGCAGUGUGUCCCCAGAAGACGGCCGUCCUUUCCCCAAGGAGGGGUUGCUUCCCGUGGACAGCAGCAUCGCUGGCGGAGGCAGUGGCAGCGGCAGCGAGAGCAACAGCAACAAAGAUUGUCAGAACGGCGGCCACAACCUCAGCCUCAUCCUUCCGCUGGCCGAGACCUCGGUCCCCUGGCCUACCAAGCUCUCGUCACCCAAGAUCUCUCCGCAGUGGCUUAGCGGCCCAGCGCCCAGCGGGCUCUUUUCCUACUCCCCUCGAAAGAAGCGCUAUCUAGACUCGGGCCCCAGCUCUCAGAGAGCGGAGCAGGAGACCCCCCGGCAGUACGAUUUCACCGAGGACGAGUUGCGCCUGGUCUUGUACGGGGCUAUCCGCUCCCAGCAGCUGCCGGCCAGACUGCACUGCGCUAUCUCCGGGCUCCGGGUACCCCCCGACAGCUCAGGGGCAGAAUCAGUGAUUCAAUCUCUGGAUAAAGACUCCCUGAAGUUACCUGAAGGUCUGUGCAUACUGAAGACCAUGUGUGGUGACAUCCCUCAGUACGGGGUAUUCUGCAGCAGCCUUGUUCCUAAGGGGAUUAGGUUUGGGCCCUUUCUGGGUAAAGUGGUCAACGCCAGUGAGAUCAAGACCUAUGGAGACAAUUCCCUGAUGUGGGAGAUCUUUGAAGAUGGUCAUUUGAGUCACUUCAUAGAUGGAAAAGGAGCCAGUGGGAAUUGGAUGUCUUUAGUCAACUGUGCCCGUUUCCCGGAGGAACAGAACUUGUCAGCGGUCCAGUGUCAAGGCCAGAUAUUUUAUGAGAGCUGCAAAGAAAUCCUGCCCAACCAGGAGCUGCUGGUAUGGUAUGGAGACUGCUACCAACAGUUCCUGGGUAUCCCUGUGAGUCUGAAAGUUGUGGACAAAGGGAAGCAGCAACCGGGGCCCCCAGAAGAAUCAGGAGAAAGUCACAAGUGUGAAAGGUGUGGCAAAGUAUUUGCCUACAAAUAUUACAGAGACAAACACCUCAAAUACACCCGCUGUGUGGACCAAGGGGACCGGAAAUUCCCCUGCAACCUCUGCAGUCGAUCCUUCGAGAAGCGGGACCGCCUCCGCAUCCACAUCCUACACGUCCACGAAAAGCACAGACCUCACAAGUGCUCCAUGUGUGGAAAGAGCUUCUCACAGUCCUCCAGCCUUAACAAGCACAUGAGGGUCCACUCUGGAGAAAGGCCGUACAAGUGUGUCUACUGUAACAAGGCUUUCACUGCCUCCAGCAUUCUUCGAACUCACAUCAGGCAGCACUCUGGGGAGAAACCCUUCAAGUGCAAGUACUGUGGCAAAGCUUUCGCCUCCCACGCUGCCCACGACAGCCACGUCCGACGUUCCCACAACAAGGAAGGUGGAGGCUGUUCCUGUGGGAUCUGUGGGAAAAUUUUCUCAGAGCAAGAGAAAUUCCGCUGCCACAUGAAGUUUCAUGGUGUCCUCUAG